CCAGAUCUAGUAAUGGUAACACUGUAAAAAAUGUGAUAAUGUGACGUAAAAUGUCAAACAAACGUAAAUCAACGAAACUCGACUACUUGUUAGAUUUUUAGAAAUCGAAAUAAUUCAAAAUAUAUUUGUGGUGGUAAAGAUUUCGAUACACUAGUUUUAUGUUACCUUCAUAAUGUCUACAAGUCAAGAUAAAUCUCAUGAUGUUAUUGAAUCUAAUGGUAAUUUGAAUAAAGAGGAUACUAGAAAGACUUGGGUGAAAUUUGAUGAUGAAUCUCCGCAAACUAAUGGUCAUCAAUCUGAAGGAAAAGUAUCUAAUACGCCAAGUACUUCUCUAACUGUUCAACAAGAAGUUCCUGCAGUUUUAGAUACGGAAACUGUGCAUGUUAAUUUAGAAAGAGGAGACAGAAAUCUUGAAAACACAUCACAUGGAAAUCUCACAAAAAAUGUAGAAUUUGUGAAUAUACGUUCCGGUUUUUCCAAUGGUGAUCUGCUAGUAACAGUGUUGCCUGUGAAUGCAAGCUGGCCUUGGAUAACGGCAGCUCGGUUUAGACCUGAAUUAGUACCUGAGGAACUAAUGGCUCAAGGUUUAACGCUUACGGUUGAAGAAUAUGUUCAUGCAAUGGAACUUCUUGUAAAUGAUGCCCGUUUUACACUAUACAACAUUUGUUAUAAACGUGUCCUUGUUUGUUGGAUAACUUUGGCAUUUGUGGUGCUUCUAUCCCUUCUCUUCUCUGGUUUAACUGGCCUGACACUAUUUUCUCUAGGAGUACUAUGGUUGAUACUCAACGCUAUGGCCAUUUUCCUCUGCAUGUGGAUAAAGCUAAGACUGUCAAAGGGCUUGGAGCAGUGCUUGGGUAGUGUUAACAAGUUACUUACUAAGCAUAAUUUAUUACUGGCCUUAGAUGACAGAGGAAAAAUUUCAUGCCACAAAGUGAACUUGUGCUUUAUAUAUUUUGAUUCUGGUCCAUGUAUUGCUCAUAUUCAACAAUUUAUUGAGAGUGAAGAAGGAAAAACUAUUAUGCAAGGAUGGGAACAAAGACUCGAUGUAACUGUUAAUGACAUUGUGAUACAAGGAAGUCAGUCUACAAGACUAUCCAGGAAACAGGAAAGGGCUGCGCUUCUUUUUUUACGAUAUGCGGGACGAUGGGGAGCGUACGCCGUCAAAAACCGGCUAAAUCUGAGCACAUUGGUGGCCGGCCGCCACGGAGAGAAAUACGUUUGUCCAUGCCAAUUUAUUGAAGAACAUCUUAAAACUAAACCACCUGCGGGUAUUGCUAAAUUUUUCAUGUUACCCAACCAAAAUAAUCAGUUCUAUUAAAACAUGAAAAUACUCCGUCCAAAAACGAAUCUUGAAUGUCUAUCACAAUUGUUAAAAUAUCAUCAUAGGGUAGUUGUUAGAGAUUGAUUCCAUACCUUUACACGACAUUUAAACAUUUGUUAUGUUGUAUGAUGUUUAUUAUGUUUUGAAAUUAUUUUCAAUUAAAAUAAGAAUAUGAGUAGAAAAGUUUUAAUACCAUAUCGAGGAUAAUAUUAAAAGGUGAGUUUAUGGUUAUUGCACAAAGUACUUAAUCAUAACAUGUUGUAGAUUAUACUAACAUGUAUGCAUUCGAAUUUAAAUACAUAUAAAAAUAAUUUUAAUGAUCUUAUUUGUAACUCGUAUAUUGUAUACAAUUGUUAUUUAAAAAGUAAAUUUCGUGGACCAUUUAUGAAAAGAUACUACGCAUGUGUUCUUUCCUUAAUAUCUCAGAAAGGUUAGUUUCGUGAAAUACAAAAAUUAUUUGAUAAAUAUUUUAAUUAUACAAAAUUGUGAAAUUGCAUACAAGAACUGUCUGCACAAAAUCUAAGCUGCCAUACAUAAAACUUCUGUUGUAUCUACAUGUAUUUUACUAAACGUGUAAUCUUCAUAUACAUAGAUUUAAGAUUAUUUAUUAACUUGUUACCUAUAUAUCACAAGGUCAUUAACAUCGCCCAAAUUUUUACAUAAAAGACAAUUUAAACAAUUGUGCAAAAGUUAAUUAAAUAUCAUAUAAUAAGGAACUAAUUAUU